CCCUCUCUCGCGCCCACCCAUCCCUCUCCAGGCCCGGAGCGGCGGCUGCCUGCCCCCUCCCACCUGCCGUCUAUAAAAGGCUGGGUCCGGCUGGGCCAGCCAGAGAGGCGGAUGAAUACACUGGGCUCUUCGAGGUGCUGCUAGUGUUGUUGGACGCCGGUUGCGCUCCCUGGAGCCAUGGAGGUCAGCGCGUCGCGGGGAGCGCAGUCCUCUUCGGGGUCGUCGCCGGGGGACCUGGCGGACCUGAACGCGCAGGAUGCGGCGACGGUGUGCGAGGCGCUGGGUCGCUACGAGGAGACGCUGCGCGGCGCUGUGCGCGAGAUCCACGUGGACAUCCAGGCCUUCAAGAACGGCGUGGACCGACAGGUGGCCGAAGUGCUGCGCCUGGCCAACCCGCUGGCGCACAACGUGGCCGAGCUCCAGCGAGAGAACCGGCAGCUGCGCGCGCACGUGGACCGCCUGGCCCGGCAGGUGGAGGCCCUCAACCGGGCGGCGGGGCUGCCGGACGCCUCCAGUCCCGAGCCCGAAGCCCCCACGACGACGGCGCCCUGGCCGGGCAGCAGCAGCCGCUUCGCCAGCCACGCCCGGCUCUCCCUCGCCACCAAAAGCCAGGUGAGGUCAUUGGGGGUGGGCGGGCAGGUGGGAUCGCGCCUUAAAAGGAGCAGCAGGAGCCCCGACGGCUUGGAGGCCCCCCCGUCCCUUUCUCCCUCGCGCGCUCUCGGCCCCGACGGUCAGGGAGGCUCCUGCCACCCAGUAAUCCUUGGGCGCUCUUCCUUCCUCUCGAAGAAGUACCGCUCUGGCACGGGGGUGGGGGUGGAGAAGGAGAGAGGAGGAAAGAAAGAGUCCAUCUCCUCUAGUGGCGGCUGUCGAGCGACCCUCGAGGGCGGAGUAUUUGCUGCGGGCAGGAUGUUUGCACGAGCGCCUUCGCACGUCGAGCGCGCUGGCUCGAGCAGGGGCUGGCGGCCCUCCGUCCGACGCCCCCUGUGGCCUUUUCCGCGUGGGAGGGGCGCAGGAGGGCCGCCGCCCACCACCACCAGAACGCGGUGGGCUAGGAGGGAAGAGCCCGUUCCGGCCGCGGGGCGGUGCAAAGAGCGCCGGCAACAAGCGAGGGAGGAGUUUGGGGAACGGUGCCGCCUCCUUCCUGGGGGACUCGUGCGGCCGACCAAAGCUUGCUCUCCGUGGGGGCAUUCCUGACCCCAGAACCUCUUUUCACGAGGAAAUGGCCUCUAUAGCCACGAAAGCUAAAGGUGUCAGUCUUUAAAGUACCACAGGAUGCAUUUCUUGUUUUUGCAAGUGCUGGAUUUGGGAUGCAGAAAGAGAGCACCCUGGAGCAUGUGAAGAGUACUGCUGUCCUCUGUCUGGCAUUGGGCCACAGGACUGACCAAGCUGUUUUUCAAGACUGGAGUCGAGGGAAGCAGCUGGUGACUUGGGGGCAUGGGAAUCGGCCAGAGGUUGAGGCUGGGGAUGUCUUAAGGACCAGCUGCUUGCCAAGCCCCUAAAUAGAAGGAUGACUUGGGACUUGGUGUCCCUACCUCCCGUGGAGGAGAUGGGAUUUCUCAAUCUGGAUAUCGGGUGGAUUUAGUCCUGUGGGGAUCACCUUUUUGCCCUUUUUUGUGAUGCGGGGGAGGCUUGCUGAUUCCCCCAUGCUGGGAAAUCUGGGGACAUGGAUGUUAAAAUGUUUUCCCCAAAGCACAGGCAAACCAGACUCCCAAGAAGCUAAUAACAUGCAACUGUUCCCGGAGAGACAGCUUUGCCUAGCUGCAUGCAACAAAAGUUAGAUCAGCCACUAUUCAGACUGUUGGAUUGGACCAAAGGCUAGGAGCUUUCCAGAAGCCAGGAAGACCCACCUGACAGGACCCCAGGCAGGGUCCUACCCCCAUUUGUCCCUCUGCCCAGCAUUUGAACUUCACCAAGCACAUUUUGCACCUGGCUAUCAGCCACUUGCGACCAAGUAAAGAUGCCUAGGUGCCAGGAUGCCGCCUGAUGUCUCCACCCCCUGGAGGUGCCUGCCUGGGGCUCCUUGGAUCUUCCCUGUUUUCACACACUAGCUAUACAUCCUUUAGAAUUCUACCUGUGAUAUUUUUAUCUGCACAAUCGGAGCGAAUUUCAAGAACCAAAAGGUCUUGUUGAGAAAUACGACUUUUGAGCCCUCUGGCCCCAGAGUAGCAACUAGGACAUUCCGUUUUAGUGACUGCAACCCUGGUUUAAGGAGUCAUUUGGCUCCUAGCCUAUAUAUCUGGGUUUCUAACACUGCUUGUACCCCCACGGCAUGACUCUUCAGAGCUGCACAGUCUCUGGACUGGGAGGUUGAUGGGUUGCAGUUGGGAACCUCUGGCCUGCCAGUUCUCCUGAUUUGACCCAAACCACAAUAAGGACAUAAGAACAGCCUGCUAGAUCAAACCAAAGGGGGCACAUCUAGUCUAGCAGGCUUAUGCGGCUGGUUUGGCUCCAGCUUUUGCCACCCCACCCCCAUCUGUCGGUGUGGGGACUUCAAGGCCAUCUCCAUGGGGAGGUCCGUGCCUUGCCCCCCUCCCAGACUCCUGAUCUGCCUUUCUUUGCAAAGCCUCAUCUCUGCUGCGGGGCCAAAACCUCGCAGAGACUUUCUGCUUCUGCUGUUUAUCUCCCUGGCCAGUGUGUGUGUGUGUGUGUGUGUGUGUGAGAGAGAGAGAGAGAGAGAGAGAUUUUCUCCCAGCCCCUCCUGCAGCCUCUGCUGUGUUUUUCUGAAGGCCAAGUGGAGGAGGCAGAGGCAGGGAUCCAGCUGUGUGCUCCUGCUUCCAGGUGGCUCCUGCUUUGAGCCGCCUGCUGCUGUCAGGACCACUUAGCCAUUACGUCACCUUGGCAGCUGAGCCUUGGGGGGAGGGAGGGGGAGGAGAGGAGUGCAGGCAGCUGGAGUCCCCCUCCAGCCCAGCAACCAGCCUCUGGCCUUUCCAUCGGCAUGAUUAAUGGCUUUUGCAGGGAGUGGGCCUGGUUUAUGUUACGCUCAGCGACAGCAGAAGUUGACAGCCGGGGCUUUGGAAGGGUCUGCAUUUUGUUCUCUCCAAGCUCACCUCUGGGUGCUCCCCACGUCGGCUGGGGCUGAGGGCCCAGCACCGCACCCUCGCUGUGUCACGCGAGCCCAUCCUGGGCUCAUGGCAGUCGCUGGUGGUGCCUCGGGGCAACUGGGGCCAGCUGCUGCUUAGCAGUGGCAAAUGUUUCCUGCUGCCUUGUUGAGAGGGGGCUCAGGUUACAAGAAAGGAGAUUCCGACUAAACACAUGGGGAAAAACUUUCUGACAGUAAGAGCUGUUCUGCAGUUGAACAGCCUCCCAUGAAAGGUGGUGGACUCUCCUUCCUUGGAGGCUUAACUUUGUACCAAGGGCUGCUGGUCAUUUCUUGACAGGUGGUGUCGGGGAACAGUGCAGUCUGUUUUAUUGAGGACCUGGAUCUUGCAGAUUGGCUACGGUGAAGUUCAUUUUGAUAUUUGGAGACAUUUUUAGCAUGAGUGACAAGUAUAAUAAUCCUGUGGUUUGUGUGUGUGUGUGUGUGUGUGUGUGUGUGUGUGUGUGUGAUUCUGCAUUGUUAUUUCGUAGAUCACUUGAUAAACAUAAUUAUUUCUCAGAAAUGUGUCAGCUUUUGUCUGUGCAGCUUUUUCUUGUGGGCAACUGGAAACAAGCCCCCCACCCCAAUGAAGCUGAAGGUUCAAAGAUUCAGGGCAGACAAAGUCUUUCUUCACACUCACAAACUGUGGGACUCACUGCCUCAGGAGGAAAGGAUGGCCACCAAUUUGGAUGGCUUUCAAAGUGGGUGAGACAAACUCAGAGAGGAGGCAAAGGCUGUCAGUGGCUCCGACCUCCGAUGCUUAUGUUCUGUCUCCACUGCCAGAAGGUGUGUGCCCCCGAAGCGUGGGGACUGGGGGGUCAUCAGUGGGGAGGGGGCUGCUGCUGUUUCAUUCAUGUCCUGCUUAUGAGGACACCUGGGGUAUCAAUUAAAAACCAUACAGCAUUUAGCACAGCAUAUUACAAUUGCUACAACGGGAAGGAGAAUUAAAGUGGUCCAUUGGGGGGGGCGGAGUUUGGGAGCCCCUGUCAGCAGCACACUUGAGGUUCAGAAGCACCACCCGCUCCCCCCAAAAAACUGCAUUCUGAAAAGCUUUGAAGCUCUGCUCUUUGGGGUUCUGGCCCCACACGUGCUCCUCUCAAAGUUCUCUUCUUUUUUUUGCAGAGUUUGGAUUUAGAUGAUCUGAGUGACUUGAAGAGCAGGAGAGCCCCUGACUCAGCUGCAUUGGAGAAUGGGCACCACCAGCCCUCCGGGGGUAAGGAAGUCAUGCUGGAGAAAUUGUAGAGGUGGAAGGGACCCAAAGGAUCAUUAGUUGAACCCCCUGCAAUGCAGGAAUCACAGCUAAAUGAAGGACAGGCUGCGCUCCAGAACAGCCCCAAAUUUGGCCCACUCCAAACCUGGCAAACUUGCAAGGCAGCCUUUGUGGGGUGGAGUGGGGUAUGGCUUAUGGGGUCUCUAAACAUGUUCCCUCUUUCACCCUGUAUCCAUCCCAGAGAUGGGAAGACGAGCUAAAUCUACAUUAUUGCAACGGAGGUGUUUGUUUGCUUAUUCAUGCUUGUGUCUGAAUGAAAAUCAAGGCAGUUUACAAGCACUCCAUUUACAACUUUCAACAUGAACCUUUAACAUUUUUUCAAUUCUCUCUUUUUCAAAGUUGUGUUUGCGAUCCCCCUAGGGGAUGAAGGAGGGAUAGAAACAGCUGAAAAGUUUUCUGAGUACAAGAGCAUAAGCCCAGGCAUAGGCAAACUCGGCCCUCCAGGUCUGGGCAUGUUUUGCGACUACAACUCCCAUCAUCCCUAGCUAACAGGACCAGUGGUCAGGGGUGAUGGGAGUUGUAGUCCCAAAACAUCUGGAGGGCUGAGUUUGCCUAUGCCUGGCAUAAGCAAAUAUCACAAGUCAUGGAUUGCGUAAAGGUGCCAAUGGGGUCAAGUGAGCCUUGCUCUGGGAGCCAUCAGGCCGAAGUGGGACCUCCUUUCUCCCUUCUCUGAUCACCUCCCUCCACCCAAACCUGAGAACAGGGGAACUUCGACAAUCAGGAAAUGAGCAGCCAACUCCUUGCUGUUCACCUGCUGCAGUGAGCCGCUGCUUCUGGCUUGCAGGUGUCCCCAAAGUCCUGCCUGCUUUCUCCAACACAGAGGAGGAUCUCUGCAGUGGCAAAAGCCAAACAGCAUUCAGGAGGGCAACCUGCCGCCCCCAGCUAAUUACAUAGAGGUUCAGAAAAAAGCAACCAAAAUGAUCAAGGGGAUGGAGCGAAUCCCCUACGGCAGCCUUUCUCAACCUUGGGUCCCCAGAUGUUGUUGAACUACAACUCCCAUCAUGCUUGGCUAGCAAGGCCAGAGCUCAGGCAUGAUGGGAAUUGUAGUCCCAACAACAUCUGGGGACCCACAGGUUGAGAAAGGCUGCCCUACGGGGAAAGGUUGCAGCAUUUGGGACUUCUUAGUUUAGAGAAAAAGUGAGUAAGAGGCGACAUGAUAGAAAUUUAUAAAAUGAUGCAUGCCGUAAUUGGAGGAAGUGGAUGGAGAAAGGUUCAGUGAAGCUGAAUGCUGGAAGGUUCAGGACGGAGAAAAGAAAAUACUUCUUCCUGCAGCACAUAGUUAAACUGUGCAAAUCCCACAGCAGGUCAGUGGUGGUCUCCAACUUGGAUUGCCUUAAAGGAGGAUUGGGCCGAUUCAUGGAGGAGGAGAGGGCUAUCCAUGGCUGCUGGCCACCAUGGCCUGGCUCUGCCUCCGCAGUUGGAGGCAGCAAUGCUUCUGAAUACCAGUUGCUGGAAACCUCAGGAGGGGGGAGAGUGCUCUUGAGCUCAACUUCUGCUUGUGUGUUUCACAAAAGAGGCAUCUGGUGGCCACCGUGAGAACAGCUUGCCAGCAGGCGUAUCUCUGGUUUGGCAAAAGCAGCACUGUGUCCUGGAGGGGGGUCGCACACACACACAUGUUCAGCACUGGAAAGCUCAGUUGGUUAGAGCAAUUAAGCGUUGAUAAUGCCAAGGCUGCAGGUUCGAUCCCUGUAUGGGACAGCUGCGUAUUGCUGCAUUGCAGGGGGUUGGACUAGAUGAUCCUCAGGUCCCUUCCAACUCUACAAUUCCAUUAUUCUUCUUGCCACCAUCCUCGCUUCCCGCCCCCGUCCCAGUAGUUUGAAGCAAUAGCAUGUUUGUGUCAGCUGCAGGAAAUGAUAAUAAUCUCAGAAGGAGGAAAAAACAAGAUGUUGCAAACCGCUUGGAGGGAUCCGUCCUCUUUUAGAUGGUCUAGAAUUUUUCCAUUAACGUGAGCUGUGCGUCUUCCCUGUUCACUAUGAACAUGCAGAGCCCCAGUAGUGACCUUUGCACUCAGUCUACUUUUGCGUCUCUCCCCGUACCCCCAGGACUGGGGGGACCUCCUCCUCUCCACCGGCCGAAUUCUUCCCCCGAGGCCCACGAGCCGGCAGUGAGUCUGCGGAUGCCACACCUUCCUGUGACCUCUGUCACCAGAGUAUCGGAAACCUAUUCGGGAGAAACCACGGGGUCGCCCAUCUCGCCAAACGUUCCUGGAGGGCAGCCGAGCGAGGCUGUGUCAAAAACGUCAAGCCAAGGAGGUAAAAGAAGAGCAGGAACCUGGCUGGUGGCAGUGGGAGGCAUGUGACUCCCUUCAGCCAUUGAGGGCCUCACCCCCAAGGCGACCUGUGAAUGUUGUGCCUCAGACCCCAGCAGGAUUGCCAGGAGGGCUUUGUGCUAGGCCCUUUAAAUAUGUGUUUACUGUGGAGUUAUAGGUACAGUGGUACCUUGGGUUACAUACGCUUCAAGUUACAUACGCUUCAGGUUAGAGACUCCGCUAACCCAGAAAUAGUGCUUCAGGUUAAGAACUUUGCUUCUGGAUGAGAACAGAAAUUAUGCUCCAGCGGCGCAGUGGCAGCAGGAGGCCCCAUUGGCUAAAGUGGUGCUUCAGGUUAAGAACAGUUUCAGGUUAAGAACGGACCUCCGGAAUGAAUUAAGUACUUAACUCGAGGUACCACUGUACAGUCAUACCUCAGGUUGAAUGUGCUUUAUGUUGAGCGCUUUCAGGUUGUGCUCCGCGGCAGCCCAGAAGUAACUGAGCGUGUUACUUCCGGGUUUCACCACUCUUGCAUGCACAGACGCUCAAAAUGUCAUCAUGCGUGGAAGCGGCAAAACGUGACCCACGCACACGCAGAUGGGCUGUCGCGUCUUACAUUCUAUUCAGGAUGCGAACAGGGCUCCGGAACGGAUCCCGUUCGCAUCCCGAGGUACCACUGUAGUUGUAGUAGGGGGUCCCCCAAAUCUUUCCAGCAGCUUAGAGGAUCAACUGUUCAAACACUUUUGCCAGAGCGGGGUGAGGCCCACCCUCCUGGUCCAUCAGCCUGGGUCUGAUCCUUCAAGGGCUCUUCACAUUCUUUGCGAUAAAUAGACGCCUGCCUUCCUUUGCAUGAAAACCAAACCUGCAGGCUUCUGACUUCUGCUUCUUUGCAGUGAGCGCAGUGAAGAAUUGGAGCAUAAGUUCCACGAGGACUGGAAGCGCUGCAGUCACCUCAGGUCAGCCGGCUUGUCGAACUGAAAGCUUUCCCCACCCCGCCCCACCGUUUACAACAAGGGGUUUCUAUAAUUACAGUAUGGAGGUGAAUUCAGGGCCCACCCUGAGUUUGGAGGCACUGGCAGGCCAAAUUGCCUGCCUGGCAACACCGGAAUCCUAACCCUGCUCAGGGCUCACUGAGACAGAAUGACUUAAGCAAAUGCUGGACAUGGUUAAGCCAUGCAACUGUCCUCCCCACCACAGGAGGCAGUGUUGGCCACCAGCUCAGAUGGCGUUAAAGGGCUAGGCAAAUUCAUGAAGGAGAGGGCUAUGGAUGGCAACUAGCCACAAUGGCUCUGCUCUGCCUCUGAAUACCCCAGGAAGACGAUUCUUGAGCUCGGGUCGUGUUUGUGGGUUUCCCACAAUAGGCAUCUGGUCAACCACUGUGAGAAGAGGAUGUUGGACUAGAUGGGCCAUUGGCUUGAUCCAAUGGACUCUUCUUAUGCUCUUAUGGGCCACUGCUACAUGGAUCUGCAUGACACUCAAAACACCAGGCCUGCAUUAGCUAGAGGACAUUGAUGGACCCUUGGCUCCGCAAAGACCGGAGGAAAUGGACUUAGGUAGCAAAGAGGAGUCUCUGUUUAUGAGCCUGGUUAACUAGCAGCAAUAAAUACCUUAAAGGGAUCUGGGCACAUGUGGCUAUAAGGAUUUUCGGGGAGUGGAAAAGCCAGUUGUUACCUGGGCAGGAGUUCUGUAAAUGGGGGGAGGGGGAACCACCAAAAUGCCUUCCUUCAUCCUCAUUCAUUUCAUUUUAUCCGCAGAGAAAUUCUCUUCCGUGACGAAGUCAGUGUCAGCGGUAACCUAUGGAGCCCACCAGGCUAGUGAAAGGUGAGGCUUUGGGGCUGGGGGGCUUGGAGGCAUCGUUCAGGGAGCCCCCACACCUUCAAAAGGAUUGAUCAUCUGUAGCUCUCUUUUAACGGGACAUUUGCCCUUUUCUCUUGUUCUGACAGCAUCGUUGCGGACAACCAGCGGGAUGCAGCCCCGAAAUCCCACUCCCCACCCCCCACGGUCCACAGGCAGGUGGAGAAACGGAGAGAGCUGGUGAGGUCUCAGACGCUGCCCCGGACCUCUGGGACACAGGCCAGGAAGGCCCUCUUUGAGAAGUUUGAUCAGGACAGCGGGAAGUAUGUGGCGCCUCCUGUGGUCCCAAUUUGUAGUUGUGCGGGGUGCAUAUGUAUACGCACAUGUAUAAAAUGGGGGGUACAGCUGACUUGACAGCAGUACAUUCAUAAAGGAUCCAGGGGUUUUAGUAGAUCAGAAACUGAAUGUGAGUACACAGUGUGAUGCAGCAAGAAAGGCUAAUGCCAUUCUAGGCUGCAUCAACCAAAGUCUAGUGUCCAGAUCAAGGGAAGUAAUAAUAUUACUGCUUUAGUCAUAACACACCUGGAAUACUGUGUCCAGUUCUGGGCAUGACAGUUUAAGAAGGACAUUGACAAGCCAGAAGGUGUGCAGAGGAGGGUGAACGAGAUGGUCAAAUUUCCUGUGAGCAAAGGAGGGACAAAAACUCUCGCGGCAGCCACAGCCCAGCUCAUGGAGGAGUCUGCUAUCAACAGCUUCUAGCCCCAGUGGCUGGGCCGUGCCUCCACACUGGGAAUAACUAAGUUGGUAGAGCAUGAGACUCUUAAAUCUCAGGGUGGUGGGUUCGAGCCCUAUGUUGGGCAAAAGAUACCUGCAUUGCAGGGGGUUGGACUAGAUGACCCUUGUGGUGCCUUCAAACUCUACAAAUCUAUGCUCUUCCCUGCAGGGGCAAAGGGGAAGGGCGGGCCAAGCUGAAGCGGUCGCAGAGCUUUGGGGUCGCCAGUGCGAGCAGCAUCAAGCAGAUCCUCCUCGACUGGUGCCGAUCCAAAACCAUCGGCUACAAGGUAUUCGCUUAUUCUGUUGACUGUAUCUCCCACCUCCUCCUUUGUGGAGCUCUGGGUGGCGUAAGGGCGUCUUCCUCAUUUAAUCCUCACAACCCUGUGGGGUAGGCUAGGCUGAGAGGCAGGGCCUGAUCCCCAAGGUUAUAUCCAGCCAACUUGAUGGCCAAAUAGGGAUCCCCAUCUCACCGUCUCCCUCCUUCGCUCUUGUAGAGCCCCGUGGCCUGUUGUGAAAGGGGAGGGGGCUUCGUAACCCUGAUAGCACAGAGCGUUCCUUCCUUCUAACUUCUGCCCCCUCCUCUCCACCAGCACAUCGACCUGCAGAACUUCUCCUCCAGUUGGAGUGACGGGAUGGCAUUCUGUGCCCUGGUCCACUCCUUCUUCCCGGAGGAAUUUGACUACCAAGCACGAGACCCCGCCAAGCGCAAGGAGAACUUUGAAGUGGCCUUCAGCACGGCGGAGUAAGUUGGCUGCAGCUUUCCCGGCUGCCUGGGCUGGAAGCUCACCCUUGGUGGGCACAGAGAUUGGUUGCACAGGCUCUCCAGUUAAGACUGUGGCAUUUAUAGCCUCUGCCUGACAUUUGGGGAGGGCUUGCAGGGCAAGGGCGGGGAGAGAAAAUGUUCUGAGACGGAGGGCCUGGGGCAAGUCCACCUGAGCCUCCUUUGCGGGGAGGUCUGAGGAAUGACCGCAUUUGAAAAACGGUACAGUUCUGCUUGCCUCGCCUCAAAAAGGAGUUGGGAAAGGUCCAGAAUAAGGCACCCCCAAGUGGUCAAGGGGGGUGCAGGGACUCAGGUGGUGCAAUGGGUCAGUGUGUCUGGCUGCUAACCAGGGAUGGUUGUGGGCACGGUUCCUGCAUUGCAGGGGGUUGGACUAGAUGGCCCUUUGGGUCUCUUCCAACUUACAAUUCUGUGACUCCCUUAUAAGGAACAGUUGCAGCAGUUGGGACUUUUUGCUUGGAGAAAAGGCAAGUAAGAUGUUUAGGAAAAGCUGCAGAACUUGUCAACAUGCAGUGAAGCUGCACAUGGGAAGAUUCAGUAUAGAGAAAAAGCAUUUCAUGCAGCAUGUAGUUCAACUGUGGAACUCCCUGCCACAGGAGGAAGUGAUGUCCACCAUCUUGGAUGGCUUUAAAAGGGGAUUGGGCAAGGUCACAGAGGAGGAGAGGGCUAUUAGUCACAGUGGCUAUGCACUGCCUUGGAAUCCGUUUCUGGAAACCACAGUAGGGGAGAAAAUUGUGCUUGUGUCCUGUUUGAGGGUUUCCUGCAGGCAUCCGGUUGGUCGCUGUGAGAACAAGAUGCUGGACUAGAUGGGCCCCCUUUGGCCUGAUCAUCAGGCUCUUCCAAUGUUCCUUUCUUUCUCCUUCCUCUGACUCUCGGCUGCCUCUUGCAGGAAAAUGGCUGGCUGCGACCGCCUGAUCGAAGUGGACGACAUGAUGCUGAUGGGCCGCAAGCCGGACCCCAUGUGCGUCUUCACCUACGUCCAGUCCCUCUACAACCACCUCCGGCGCUUUGAAUGAAGCCAGCGCAGGCCGUGAAGGGAGCCGCCACGGCCGCCUGCCGAGAGGGUUGUGGCGCUGCGCUCGCUGGAGGAGCAAACAGUUGCUCCCUCCCCUGUGCCCACCUCUUCCUGUGUUGCCGUGGAGGGAGGCCCCAGGCGGGCACAGGCUGCCACCGCCCCAGGCCCAGUGCCAGUGGGUUGUGGCGGCAGGGCUGGCUGGUUGAGGCAGAGGUUUCUUGUUCUCUCCAAGCAGCUGAGGCUGGAGGAGGUGCUCAGGCUGCCCUUUCCUCCAUUGGGCACAGGCCCCCAGGGGUGUCUGCCUGUGCCUGGAAGCUGCCUUCAUCAUGUGUGCCAACAGAGCUCAGUGCCACCCUCUCACCCACCCCUGAGCCCUGUUUUCUUGAGUUGAGGUUAGUAGCAGAGGCUGGAUACCAGGUGCUAGAUGUGGCCAGGGGUAAGUUCUUGAAGGAACCCCCCAGCCUGUGUGUGUGUGUGUGUGUGUGUUUGGCAUUGGGCAGCCCAGUUCCGUUUUUACUUCUACUGUGAAGGCAACUUUGCUUCCGCUGCCCAACUCCAAGGUGCAACAGCCCAUGUGGCCAAACUGAGAGCUGAACAAUUGCCCCAUUGGCCACAGGAGCCACAAGUCAGAUUGCCAAGACCAGCCUGGCUCCUCUUUGUCCCACUUUCAUUUCCCACCUUCAAGGCAGGCCACGCUGUUUGUAUGUGUGUGUGUGUGUGUUCACUCUGUCUCCCUUCUUUAGACUUAGUUGAAGCCAGCCUGAAGACCCCAGGGGGUUAGAGGGCAGAAGACUCUGCAUAGUUCCCCAAAUAUGGAAACUGAGCAGGACCUCUUGUCCCAAACAGCCCCCCUCCCAGCUUGAAAAUGAGCCCUAAAAUUCUGCACCCUGUGGAGGAGGGCUCCUUAGUUCUGCUAGGCACCCACUACCCCUACCCUGACCCACCCUAAAAAAGGUGCUCCCGGCUUGCUCAGGCCAGCAAGAGCUGCUCCGAGCCUUUUGGGCUAAGGCUUCCUUGCUGAUAUUUAUACAUACAUAUACAGUAUAUAUAAUGCCUGGCUCGGUGCAGAUGGCCAUUUCUAAUCCUCUCUCGAUAUAUUAAAAGGCAGCUCUUGUUUGGUCUUCGUCCUUUUAUUCUGAAAAGCAACAUUUAUGAACUUGUAAACAUCAAGUCAACCUUAAAUAACAGCGGCAACUAAGUUAGAAAAAGAGACAGACAUAAAAAGGCACGAACAUCAGAAACACGCAACGGCUUUCCUCGAAAUGGGUGCAAUGGCUGCUUCCCAGAGUGGAGAGGAAUUGCCCCCAGGAACAAAUCCAGCUUCUCUGCACGUGCGAAUGGAUGCAGGCAGAUUCUGUCCUCUUUAAAUGAGGGGAGGGGGCUGCUGUGCUUGCUUGAGCUUGCAAUGCAAAGCCUCUCUCCUGUAAUGCAUCUGCUCCCGAAACACACUGGCAACAGCUGACUUGGAGUGGACAGCACCUCUCCCCACCCCUGGAAUUGGUAGCAGGAAGAGUAUGCGCUCCUGACCAUAAAUAGGUAUACGAAAGCCAUGUGGCGCUUGAGCUGGAAGCAUUUUGGAGUACCGAUCAGUGUUCCCAGAGAAUGGGGGGUGGGCAAGGUUAAUAAGAGCAAGGUGACCCUUUUGCUGGGGGGCUAUCCUGGAAGAGGGGAACCUCUGACCUUAGAAGGCUUCCCCCUCUCCUGGGUGGGUGGGUGGGAGGGAGGGAGGGAAGGGAGAGGAAAUGGGAGCUUUGGGUGGGACGGGGAUUCGUCCGCCAGCCCCUCCUGCACCAGAAGAGCCUCACAUGGUUUUCCAGACCUUGUUGAGAAGUUUCACCACCUCCUCGUAAAUGACAAAAACGAUGGCCACAUCCAGGCAGACCCGGCCCAGGCGGGGGACCGUCCCUUUGUAGAACCUGUGCAAGGGAAGAGAUCCCAAAGUCAGAAAAAGGGUUUUCAACAGGUUGCCCCCCCCCCAUUAACCCAAUAUCAGACAGCAGCUGGAGGGUGGAGACUCGGAGGGGCUGGACCAAGGAGACCUGGGUUCAAAACCCAGCCCAGCUAUUUAUUUUAUGUAAGUUUUGAUUGAGUUUAUUUUACAACACAUACACACUUAUCAAACUAAACAUAAAAAUAAUCACGCCCAAUC